GCAGGUUUGUAGCAUUUAUUGGCCCGGUGUCGGCCGGCCGGCUCUGGCGCUUCGAAGUCUGCCGAUCUCUCUCCCCUUUUGCUUGUCACCUGCACGGGUGGGCGAUGGAUCGCAUCCUGCCCUCCAAUGCUGCUGUCGCCGCCGCCUCCUCCUCCUCCUCUCUGCUGAAGGAUGGGCUUCUCCAGUCCCCCAAGCCCCAGAUGAAGAAGCAGGCGGUGAAGCGGCAUUAUCACAAGCACAACCUCCGGCAUCGCUACGAGUUCCUGGAGACGCUGGGCAAAGGCACCUACGGCAAGGUGAAGAAGGCGCGGGAGCGAUCUGGCAAGCUGGUUGCUAUCAAGUCUAUCAGGAAAGACAAAAUAAAGGAUGAGCAGGAUCUUGUCCAUAUCCGGAGAGAGAUUGAAAUCAUGUCGUCUCUCAAUCACCCUCAUAUCAUUGCUGUCCAUGAAGUAUUUGAAAACAGCAGCAAGAUCGUCAUUGUGAUGGAAUACGCCAGCAAGGGAGACCUCUAUGACUACAUCAAUGAGCGCCAGAGAUUGACUGAGCAGGAAGCUCGACAUUUCUUCAGGCAGGUGGUGUCUGCAAUCUACUACUGUCACAAGAAUGGAAUCGUUCACAGAGAUCUGAAGCUAGAAAACAUCCUUCUGGAUGCGAACGGCAACAUCAAGAUUGCAGACUUUGGCCUCUCUAAUGUCUUCCAGCAAGACAGGUUUCUCCAGACCUUCUGUGGCAGCCCCCUCUAUGCAUCUCCUGAGAUAGUCAAUGGAAGGCCUUACAAAGGACCUGAGGUUGACAGCUGGUCUCUUGGCGUGCUCCUCUAUAUUUUGAUUCAUGGUGCAAUGCCUUUUGAUAGUCAAGAUUACAAGACUCUGGUGAAGCAGAUCACAAGUGGGGAAUACAGAGAGCCCACCAAGCUAUCAGAGGCCUGUGGCCUGAUCAGGUGGAUGCUGAUGGUGAACCCAGAGCGCCGAGCCACAAUUGAAGACAUUGCCAGCCACUGGUGGGUGAACUGGGGCUACAAGGGGCUGAUUGGGGAGCAGGAGUCCUUGCAUGAGAACGAAUCUCCGCUGGCCACAGUGGCAGAGUGGCUGCGCCGCUCCUCGAGGCCCCUCUUUGAAAAUGGCUCCAAGGUACGGUGCUUCUUCAAGCAACACAUCCCUGGUGUCAUGCUGGAGAGGCAGCGCUCGCUGAAGAAGUCAAAGAAGGAGAAUGAUGUAUCUCAUGCUCUGCAAGAGACAGGUCCUGUUCCAGAGAACCUUUCCAAAUCUAUCCUAAAGAGACCCAAAGGCAUCUUGAAGAAGAGAAAUUCCUGUGAGAAGGCCCAGGCUCCCCCUCUUCCUCCAGUGAUGGCAGCUCCAGUUGACAUGAGGAAGGAGGGCAGUACUGGAACUACGGUUGAGAUGCCUUGUGUCUUGUCAUCCAAGGCUUUGAUGUGGAAGGAAGAUGUUGCUGCCACUUCUCCCGUGCCCAAGAAGGGAAUCCUGAAGAAGCCCCCAAAGAGAGAGUCUGGCUACUAUUCCUCCCCAGAGCGUAGUGAAUCGGUGGAUCUCUUGGACUCAAACUUGGACCUCGAUACCAAUGUCUUUGCUGGCAAUCCCUCCUCUGCUCAGAGCUCCAGUGAUGACCAUCACACCAGCAGGAAAGGCAUCUUGAAGCACAAUGGCAAGUAUUCUUCCAGCAGCACUGAGUCUGACAGUGUGCCCGCCAAGGUAUUCUCCACUUUUGCAGAGGUCACCUUGCCCAAGGUGUCCCUGACCUCCCGUAUUCGCCCUUCCAGUGCUGUGAGUGAGGACAGUAUCCUUUCCACAGAGUCCUUUGACCAGCUUGACUUGCCUGAUCGAAUGCUGGGGAGUGGAGGGGUACCAAUGCGUGGCUCUGUCUCUGCGGAUGACCUUCUGCAGCUGGAGGAGGAGACAGGGGGUCGCCGACUCCGCCGCUGGACAGUAACUCGUUGCCAAAACCCUCUUGCAGAUAGCUGCUUCUCUCUGGUGGACUGUGACAAUGUCACCGAGGUCUACAUGCGGGCUAUAGCUAUCAGCAUGAAACUGAGCUGAGGAGCCCAUUGUCAAAAGGCCACUGAAAGACUUGCGCUAAUCAUUGCACACAUCUGCGGUGAUGUCUUGCAGCUCUGACUCUGCUUGGAAGGAACAGAAUUGUCCAAACAAUCUGUACUUCCUUUUGGGGUGGACUAGAGAACGUUCAACAGCCUUUGUCUUCUCCCUGACAGGGUUGGAAGUGCAACUGGCUAGACGUAUUUAUUUGUUGCAUACUGUUUGACUGUUCUUAGAAUGUAAAGAGGAGAACAUUCAUGUUUUACCAGUGGCUUGUAAAAUGGUACAAUAGGGUACAGGAGUGUGUUUGGAGAGAGAAAAAUAUAUGUUGGUAGAAAGUUGGUGGACGUAGAAAAGAAGUAAGGGCAGUGCAGUGGGGCUGGAGACAUUGGGGAGAAAUGGGAGACAAUUGCAGGGCAGUAGGUUAAGAGUGGCAUAAAGACCUGCUUUCUCACAGUGAGUUGAAUACCUAAACAGUGGGAUCCUGUAGCAUUCCCCUGAACACCUUCAUCUCUCCAAACAGACCCUGAUGAUCAUCUCUAAUCCGAGUGAUUGGGAUGGUUAUUUUAUUUGCACUGUGCUUCUUUAAUUGCACAAAGAUGAUAAGAAGUAGAAAUGCCUUCUGAAGUGGAACGAUGUUGUGGCAAGAUACUAGGAAAGGAAUAGCUCUUGAGCUGAAAAAUGAGGUUUCUGGCUUAUUGAAAAGUAUCUGCACUACAAACUUAGAAAGCAGCCUCACUAUAUCCUGGUAUUCUCAGCCCUAAAAGGGAGGAGGGGGCAGGGGCUUGCUGACAUGAUUCUGAGUAUCUUCCAUAAAAUCAAAGCUCUAGACUUUACAUAAGCCAUGGCAGUUGAACUAAAAAGAUAUACAUCAGUUGUGUAAGUCAGAUGUUACCUGUUGAGAACUUAAUAUAAUAACAGCACAUAGGAUCUCAAACAAAUUCCCCAUAAUUCUCUAUGUUUUGGCUUAUUUAUUUUUAGCAUACUAGAAUAUUUUGCUUUUGAAUGGUAGAUUCAGCUGUUUCUUUAAUAAGUCAAGAUGGUUAAAGAUUACUCCUCAGUACAUCUUCCAUCUCUGCAUUCCCCAAAAGAUAUAUUGCAGUUUGAAAAACUCAGUUCAGCUACGCCAGUGACAUUUUGCAGAGGGAAACCUAUUCUGUGGCCGCUGAGUUAACAGUGGUCAUUUGUAAUGCCUGAGACUUGUCUGCCCUUACUUUUGGAAAGGGUCUUGACCAACAUUCAAAUCAAACAGGGACUGGGCAGUGAGGUUGGGGGGGGCACAUUACUUCUGAAUGCCAAAUGGAAGCCUUUACUGGAAUGAGAGCAGAGAGUGAGAUGGGUUUAAAAUAGUAACCACAGCAGGCUUUAAAGAAGUGGGCAUGUCGUCUAUGAUAAAUGUACGUGCCUUAAAAAAGAAAGUAUAAACAAUAGCUUGGAUCCUAAGGUAAGUUAACUAAGCAAGUUCAUGGAAGAAAAGCUUUCUUGCCAUCCUGCUCUCCCCCUAUUCUCUCUAGAGGUCUGGGGUCCCUCCCGAAUAAUAUAGGGUCAGGCUGGGGAUCAGAGGAGGAGAUAUGAAGCUUUCCUUUGAACUUCCUUAAGUUACCUUAUCUUAGAAUCCCAGCCUACAUAUUUGCCUGGAUAUUUGUUACCUGGUGGGGUUUUGUUAUUUUAAAAUACUGCCUUUCUGAACAAUAUGAGCUACUUGAUGAACUUUUUUUAAUGGUUAAAGAUGGUAGACUGUGUGUGUGUGUUUGUUUUUUUAAAAAAGCAAUGACUAAUCAGCAGGAAAAUGAUCUGCAAAACAUUUCCAUCUUGUAACACUUUUGGAUUUGAAAUAACUGCUGCACUACCUUGCCAUGUCUUGUGUGGUUGGCCUUCUAGUUCUUUUUCUUUUUAACUUUUUUGCCACCCAGAGAAGUCAAUUUAAACUGAAAAGCAAAAUGAGACUUGAACGGUCUUGCCUGUGCAGCUCUCCUUUUCGCAAACUGAUAAAGCGAUGGUUAUGCAAAAAGAAUAAAGCAAAAGGAACCAAC